GCCUGGUAGGGAGGUGGUGUGUUUGGGCCCAGAUCGAGGUCCAGGUGUGUGAAGGGUCCCAAGGAGUGGAUGCCAGACAGGUGGAAGCCCAUAGAGAAGCUCCAGAGUGUAGUUGUGGUCCCACCCAGGCCUCACCUUAUUCUCAUCCCCAGAUGUUGGAAGGUUUCCCUUUAACAAGAAGCCACAGUGUUGCACCCCCAUUCCUGAAGAAGAGGUCUCCCAUCCUCUGUGGUGUGAAGGAAUUUUCUCCAUGUGGACUGAAUGAAGGCCCUAGAUCCAACUUCAUUUGGAGCAUGCUUGGAGUGUAUCGAGUGCUGAAGAAGUCCCUUAUCUCUGGCUUACCUCAGGUUCUUUGUGAAUAGGGGGCUGACCACAGGUCCUAGGGCCUCAGGGUAAGACUUCAAACUCUUGAGAUAUAGAAACCUGACUUCAAGCUCCAGAAGGGACUUGGUGGGUUGACUUCAGGUUUCAGGGGCUUAGAGAGACAACUUCGGACCCUAGACCUUUGGCCCUCAAAUGUGAGGUUCUUGGAGGAGGGGAGGGAGGCCAAGAGGCAGCUAAGGCUCACCAUGGUUCUUCCACCACCAGACAAGCGCCACGUGUGCCUGACCACAGUGGUCAUCAUGAGUAGCAUGGCCUUCAUGGAUGCCUACCUUGUGGAGCAGAGCCAGGGCCCACGGAAGAUUGGCGUGUGUAUCAUCGUGUUGGUGGGUGAUGUGUGCUUCUUGCUUGUCCUGCGGUAUGUGGCCGUGUGGGUUGGGGCUGAGGUGCGCACUGCAAAGCGUGGCUAUGCCAUGAUCCUCUGGUUCCUCUAUAUCUUUGUGCUACAGAUCAAGCUUUACUUCAUUUUCCAGAACUACAAGGCUGCCCGGCGUGGUGCCGCUGAUCCGGUUGCACGCAAGGCGCUGACACUCCUAUUGUCCGUGUGUGUGCCAGGACUCUUCCUGCUGCUUGUGGCCCUGGACAGCAUGGAGUAUGUGCGCACUUUCCGCAAAAAGGAGGAUCUGCGUGGCCGCCUCUUCUGGGUGGCCUUGGAUCUGCUUGACCUGCUGGACAUUCAGGCAAACCUUUGGGAGCCUCCACGCACAGGGCUGCCUCUCUGGGCUGAGGGCCUUAUGUUUUUUUACUGCUACAUGUUGCUGCUUAUCCUGCCCUGUGUGUCACUCAGUGAGAUCAGCAUGCAGGGUGAGCAUAUUUCCCCUCAGAAGAUGAUGCUCUACCCUGUGCUCAGCCUGGUCACUGUCAAUGUGGUCACUGUCCUAGUGCGUGCUGCCAAUAUGGUGCUCUUCCAUGACAGUCGAGUCUCUACUAUCUUCAUUGGCAAGAAUGUGGUAGCAUUGGCUACUAAAACCUGUACCUUCUUGGAGUACCGGCGCCAGGUUCGCGACUUCCCACCCCCUCAUGGAGCACUUGCCCUUGAAUUGCAACCACCUCAACCCCCCCCACCCCAAUUGCUGCACAACUCAGUGCCUCAUGCACCACCCAUUCACAGUGGCCCUGGUGCCCCCCAUGGGCCUUCCCCUACUCGGGACACACUGGACACGUGA